AUUUUGUGGCCCGCUAUGGCGGCGGUGUUGAGGUCGGGGCCGGGAAGCGACGCCUUUGACUGAAGGGGUAGGCCAGGCGGAGGCAUCCGGGACGUCGCGCGGCGCAGAAGAGGACCGGCCUGGACGCCGGGGACGCUGUCAUGUACGGCGCGGGCGGAGGCCGCGCCAAACCCGAGAGGAAAAGCGGCGCGAAGGAGGAGGCCGGGCCCGGCGGCGCCGGCGGUGGGGGGAGCCGAGUGGAGCUGCUGGUGUUCGGCUAUGCCUGCAAACUGUUCCGGGACGACGAGCGGGCCCUGGCCCAGGAACAGGGACAGCACCUCAUCCCCUGGAUGGGGGACCACAAGAUCCUCAUCGACAGAUACGAUGGACGUGGUCACCUGCAUGACCUUUCUGAGUACGAUGCUGAGUAUUCCACAUGGAACAGAGACUACCAGCUGUCUGAAGAGGAGGCACGAGUAGAUGCCCUGUGUGAUGAAGAGAGGUAUUUAGCCUUGCAUACGGACUUGCUUGAGGAGGAGGCAAGGCAAGAGGAAGAAUACAAGCGGUUGAGUGAAGCCCUGGCAGAGGAUGGGAGCUACAAUGCCGUGGGGUUCACUUACGGUAGUGACUAUUACGACCCAUCAGAGCCAACGGAGGAGGAGGAGCCUUCCAAACAGCGCG